AUGACAGCCACCCCAUUCCCCAGACACAUCCCUUCAAUCCCCUACAGCGAUCCCCCAAGUCGUCUCCAAACCCUCGACGUCUGGCUACCCAAGCCCCAGGAAGCCACAUCCAAACAGAGCAACGAUGCGCCAUGGCUAAUCUACAUCCACGGCGGCGCCUGGCGCGACCCCCUCAUCGAAGCCCCUAGCUUCACACCCACCAUCACCCACCUCGCCGCCUCGCACCCUUCUGCUUUGGCCAAAAUCGGCGGAAUCGCAAGUCUCAACUACAGACUUUCGCCGUACCCCGACCACGCGACGCAACCAAGUGCGCCCGACGACCCAGAGCGCUCAGCCAGACACCCGCAACACAUCCGCGAUGUCGCCCGCGGAAUCCAAUAUCUCCAGCGCGAAUACGGGGUGAAGAGAUGGAUAGGAAUAGGGCAUUCCUGCGGAGCAACCCUACUAUGCCAACUCGUCUCCGGUAUAGGACUGACACCCGACCUUACCCCUUCGCCGGCUCCUGAAGCUAUGAUUUUGAUAUCAGGCAUAUACAGUCUACCGCUCAUGAUACGGAACCACCUCCCACCCACGACACCAGAAUACAUCUCGAAGAUUUACAAAGAGUUUGUGAGGGGCGCUUUUGAUGGGGGGUACAUCGAGUGGCAGGCUGUCUCGCCGGUUGCGGGGAAAUACAAUAAGGAGCAGUGGCCGGAGGGGAAGCUGCUGAUGCUUUGUCAUAGCUAUGAGGAUGAGCUGGUGGAGCGGGCGCAGAGGGAUGUCAUGUGUGUUACGCUGGAUAGGGAGGGGUGGAAUAUUGUUAUGGAGGUGGGGGAUGAUGAGGAUGAGGUUAAGGAGGAAGGAAGGAGAGUGGUUAAUGUACGGGAUCUGAAGGGUGGACAUGAUUGGAUUUGGGAGGAUGGGAAGCAGAUUGCGGUGUUGGCUGCUGAGGCUGUGGAACGGUUGGUGUAA